AUGCCGAAGUAUUAUUGCGAUUAUUGUGAUACAUAUUUGACACACGACUCCCCUAGCGUCCGAAAAACACACUGUACUGGCCGUAAGCAUAAAGAUAAUGUUAAAUUUUUCUAUCAAAAGUGGAUGGAGGAGCAAGCUCAACAUCUGAUCGAUGCUACUACGGCUGCUUUUAAGGCAGGUAAAAUUGCGCAAAAUCCCUUCGGUGGUAAGGGUGCAGCUAUUCCACCACCAUGGGAUCCCUCAGUAAUGGGGCCUGGCGGACCAAGACAACCAGUACCAGCCCCGGGAGGACCACCUGGUAUGAUUCCGCCACCUUCCAUGGGUCCGGGCGGUCCAAUGGCGCCUCCAAUGAUGAUGGGCCCACAUGGACCAAUGCCACCUAUGAUGGGUAUGCGCCCUCCAAUGAUGGGACCUAUCAUGGGCCACAUGGGGCCUAUGGGACCUAUGGGUCAAAUGAGACCUCCAUUAAUGAAUGGACCUCCUGGUAUGAACAAGUAG